AUGAAGACCAACAGAAGUGGCCCGUCAGAGAAGAUUUCACAAAGCACAAAUGAUGUGAUGGACUUCCAGGAGUCCUCAAAUCUUCUUGAGUCUCAGAUGACCCCCAGUGCCAGACAGCCACACAGAAGCUCUGAGAAUGCAGAGUCCAUUCACACCAAGAAAAGAAACUACAAAUGCACUGAGUGUGGCAAAGCCUUUAGUUACAAGUUCCGGCUUAUUCGACACCAGAAAAUACACACUGGAGAGAGGCCUUUUAAAUGCAGUCAGUGUGGGAAAUCCUUCCGCCAAAAUGCCCAUCUUGUUGUACACUUGAGCACUCACACUGGAGAAAAGCGUUUUCAAUGCACUAAGUGUGGAAGAGCUUUCAAUUAUAAAAACUCUCUCAUUCAUCAUCUGAAUGCUCACAAUGGAAAAAUGCCUUAUAAGUGUAGUCAAUGUGGGAAAUUAUAUAGGAACAAAUCCAGCUUAAUAUGUCAUUAUCGAGUUCAUACUGGAGAAAAGCCCUUUGUGUGCAGCAAAUGUGGGGAAUCAUAUAGGAACAGAAUCAGCCUUGUAAGUCAUUAUCGACUUCAUACUGGUGAAAAGCCCUAUCAGUGCGAUAAAUGUGGAAAGUCAUUCAAGGAAAAAUCCAACCUUUUUUAUCAUGGCCGAGUGCAUAAUGGCGAAAGACCUUUCCAGUGCAGUGAAUGUGGAAAGUGUUUCAUCCAAAAUUGUCACCUUGUGAAACACCAGAGAGUUCAUAACACUUCCUUCGUGUGCAAUGAGUGCGGGAGUGCCUUUACUUCAGGUUACAGCCUCCUUAGACAUGAGAGAGUUCACACGGCAACAAAGCAAUAUAAGUGCAAGGAGUGUGACAAAGUGUAUUGCUAUAGUUCUGGCCUCUAUAAACAUCGGAAGGUUCACAAUAGAUGA